AUGGAAAUCCAUACUGAAUCCGAUACUGAAGAUGAAGAUAGUGAUGAAUUCGAUGAUGAAUUGAAUGAUGAUAGCGAGUAUAGUAAAGAAGAACGGACCAACAGUAAUAAACGAACUGCUACCUGGAAAUCGGACUCUUCGCUUCAGCAAUUGUUUCAUGCCGCCUUGGAGGUUAGAAAUCUCAUAAAUGAAAGUAAAGGCGUUCAUUCCGGCUGGCCUCCCGAUUCUCACGACCUGACUUUGGCACUAGCAACUAAAUCGAUUCCCAUAAAGCUUUACAACUUUCAAGCAUGGUGUCUCGGAUUUUCCUGUGAACCGAUUCAGCAUGAAAUGGUGGAAAUCCGCCCAAGGGAAAAAAACGAAAGUUCCAUCAAUCGCACAAGACAUGAUAUACGCAGAGUCAAGUGGAAAGAAGCAAACUCACAAGUCACUAGCCCUGGGGAUGACAGUUCGGCAGAUGACUGGCUCAAUCAGGUUACUGAGGAUCCUGCAUGGUUUGGGAGAUACUGCAUCAACAGAUACUGUCUACCGACAUGAUACUGCAUUAGCUCUAGCCAGCACCAAUGGUCAAGAAAUCAUCUUUCCAAGGAAUAUGAAUCCAGAGUCGUUCACGACAAUUGUUUGGGAUAAUAAUGAUUUUAGCGAAGAGACUGUGUCUGGGAAAGGGACAACACACGUAGCGAACUCCCGUCUCGUUAUUAUACAGAAUGAAGACGUCAGAUUAAGAGAAAAAACCACCGUGAGUAAGACGCAUCGCACAGUGAAGGCACCUGGAAUCAACAUUGCUCCCUACACAAGCAAAGAGAGAGGAACCAUAUCUCUCCAAGACCAAAGUUCUGACAUUCCUCUCGAAGAGCAAAGCUAUCUUUAUCAGCAAAAUAUGGCCAGAAAUGCUGAUUUCGUGUACAUGUUGUCCAGAAAGUGCGCUUCAGAAAGUGGGGACUGUUUGCCAGGAUGGACAGGAUUCAACACCCAAGUUCAUAAAGAGAUAAGACGUACUUCAAACAUCGGUUAUUUGCCAGUCAUCGAUGCCCCAGUUACCGACAUGGCAACAGUCGACGAAAUAUUGCGACAUAGCGUUUCCAUUUGCCAACUUCUCCAACUCCCAGAAAUUGUUCUAGUCUUUGAUGAAGCAAUUUACCCCAAAGCGCAGAUGAUAAGAUGGAAGGAUGAAGAGCUUAAGAGACGUCUGGUAAUUAGACUCGGUGAUUUCCACACAGUAAUGUCGUUUUGCACUGCCAUAGCGAAAAUUUUUAAAGACGCAGGACUGCAAGUGAGUAUUCAAUUUCCUGUUUCUAUAUGUUUGUUCUUUCGUCCGUCUGUCCAUCCAUCUGUCUGUCCGUUCGUUUGA